AUGAGAGUAAACCUUAGAUUCUGUUUGGUAGAUCAACGUUUAAAGGUGGGAAAUGGAAUAUGCAAGGGGGAUAAGUUUCGAAUGAAACGGUGGAGUUUCGUCGGUGGUGGAGGAGUUAUUACAAGAUGUUUUGACCCCUCGACAUCAUUUUUAGUUCGUGUAUACUCGGUCAAGGUAAUUUCACUAGAAGUUAAAGGGUUCUCUGCGACUUUCAGCUGUUGCUGUACAAGGCAAUUUGAUCCUGAGUUUUCCAGAAAAGAAGUUAUGACAGACAGUAUUAAACUUCUGAUCUGCGGAAGCGGCAAUGGAGCCCAUGCCUUCGCGGGUAUCGCCUCAUCACAUGGGGGAACUGAGGUCAGAGUGCUCAGUUUGUAUCAAGACGAGGCUGAACGGUGGAGCAAAAUCAUGCAGACCGCUGACCUGGAGAUCACCUGCCACCGGCGCGACCAAGAACCGAGCAUCAUCAGAUCCAAGCCGGCUUUGAUUACUAAAAAUCCAGAGGAAGCUGUGCGUGGUGUUGACAUUAUAACUUUAGUGCUGCCAGCAUUUGCUCAUCGGGUGUUUCUGGAGGCUUUAAAGCCGUAUAUCGAGCCGGGUGUGAUAAUUGUUGGUCUACCUGGGGCCUCGGGACUAGAAUUCCAGGUUCGGGGAAUCCUGGGAGAGAAAGCAAACAUGUGUACGGUGAUGAAUUUUGAGUCGCUGCCUUGGGCGUGUCGCCUGGGUGAGUUUGGCAGGAAAUGUGAUGUCCUAGGGACUAAGGAUUCAAUGGUAGGAGCUAUGCAGGCUGGAAGAGAUGCAGCACCAAAAAAAGACCCUGUUACUACCCUACAGAGUCUGAUUGGCGACCACCCUCGUUUGAAGGUCUCCGGGCACCUUAUUGGGAUGACUCUUAUGAGUCCUAACGCGUAUGCCCAUCCGUCAAUCAUGUUUGCUCAAUGGGAAGGGUGGGAUGGGAAGCCUCUGAAAGAGGCGCCCCUGUUUUACACUGGGUUGAGUGAAUUAGCAGCAGAAGUCUUGUCAAGUGCCUCCGACGAGGUUUUAAAAGUGAGCAAGGCUGUCAGUGAAAAAUCUGGUGUGGACACAUCACAGGUAACGAGCAUCUAUGAUCUUCUUGUCAAGUUCUAUUCUCACGAAAUUUCCGAUACUUCAAGCCUGCGAUCUUGUUUUUGCACAAACGCCGCGUACCAGGGUCUGAAGCAUCCGAUGAAAGAGAAUAUCAAUAAGUCCUUCGUACCGGACUUCUCUCAUCGUUAUCUGACAGAGGAUGUGCCGUAUGGACUGGUGGUCAUCCGGGGUAUAGCGGAAAUCGUACAAGUGGGGACGCCCACCAUAGACAAAAUUCUUCUAUGGGCCCAAGAGAAAAUGGGAAAAGAGUACCUUGUUGGGUCUAAACUUCAGGGUAAAGAUGUGCCUUCUACGCGAGCACCUCAGAGUUAUGGACUGAUCUCGCUGGACGCUAUUUUGGGAAGAGCCUAGUUUGUGCUCAUAAGGGCGUCUUACUUUCAGUAUGGCUGGUUCAAGAAACCAUAAACUGGAACACAAAGAUAGAAAAUUAUUGUCAUUAACCUUCAUGUUCCAUGAGGCUUUCACAGAAACAUUUUCAGGAAAAGAGGUGUCUGCCAGAGGAUAUUUUGAUUUUAGAACGAGUUUUUAUCGUGGAUAGGGUUUGAAUCUCAUUGAUAGAGUGUCGUAAACAAAAGCUGAAGGAAUCAGAACAAUUGAUUAUUUUUAUGCAUUUUUCGUUUGUCGCUGAACUAAUUUUCUAAGAGUUCACGGUAAAUAAAUGAAGACUGAUCGACUCACAAUGUUCGGUAAUGUUUGUGAAAUAGAGCGAAUCCAUCAGUUUAACUGUUGAAACGUCUCCAACUGGCGAACGUUUGUAAAAUUAAACUGUUGUUCCGAUUUUCAUUGCUUAACAAGUAAGAGCAAUGUCAUUGCCAUUAGUCAAUAUCAUUCAGCGCAUUAAAUGGUAGUCUAAACGGACAUAUCUUAGAAACGACAUUGAACGAAGUCAGCAGCCUGUAGGUAUUUAGGUAGCAACUUUUUGUAUGAAUUUGCAAUUUUUCAGCAACAACAAUUUGGUAUUUUAACGAGCAA